AUGGCUCUUCAGCAAUGUGACUUGAGAGAGUGCCAGAAUCCGGCAGAGAGAACUUUUGGAAGCUGCAUGCUUUGUUCAAAACAUCUUUGUGCUGAGCACUGCACCCCACCACAUCACAAGUGCCCCUCGUCGGAGUCAGACCCCCAGGCAUAUUAUACCACAUAUGACACCGCCAAACAGACUCACCUCGAUUCUUUGCUGGCCAAAAUCAACUUCGACGCUCUAACGUCCGUGGCUAGUAAAGCCAAGAGCGGUAUUCGUUGUCGCAUUCCAACACUCUAUCUUGGCCUGAAACAGGCCGUAUUGAGCCAGAUUGGGGGCCAGAACUGCCAGCUUGACUUGGAAUUCGACGACGGUGUCACAUGGAUUGUGAGACUACGUCUCUGUGACCCCCUACUUCCUCCACGGCCCUUUCAGGACUACAUCUUCUUGAGUGAAGUUGCUACACUGAAAUUUCUUGCAGAGACAGCAGUGCCCUCUCCAAAAGUCGUUAUCUUUACCAGCUCGAAUCACCUGGAAACG